AUGGCUAUCGGUAAAGCCACUAGUUUGCAUAGCCCAUGCAUCAGGGCUAUGUUGGAUUCUGAUCCGAUAAAUUUGAGCCAAGUAAAAGUUCUGUUCAGCUUGAAGCGAGCGGACUUACCAAACUCGCUCCAAAAGGGCAAUGCCGACGCAGAUAGCUGGGGAUUCAUAGUCAAUAGCUUUGAAGAGCUUGAAGGUGAGUAUGUAGCCACUCUUGAAUCAUUCUUUAAGAAGAAGUCAUAUGCAUGGUGUGUGGGCCAACUUCUUCUCGUCAACCAGAUUGAACAAGAAGCAACCAGUGACGAUCAAUUGUGUUGGUACAUCAAAUGGCUUAACAAGCAAUUGCGUCGGAGUGGGGUGAUAUGCAUAUCAUUCGGUACACAAGCACACGUGUCGAACACCCAAAUGGAUGAGAUUGCAAUGGGGCUGGAGAUGGCCAGCCAUCCAUUUAUUUGGGUUGUACCAUCGACAAAAUGGACCCCACCAGACGGAUGGGAGGAAAGGGUGAAAGAGAGAGGAUUGAUUGCAAAGGAUUGGGUGGAGCAGAGGAGUAUAUUAGCACACCCCUCAAUGGGUGGGUUUUUGAGCCGCUGUGGUUGGAACUCAGUGUUAGAGAGCUUGUUGAAUGGGAUCCCAAUGUUGGGUUGGCCUAUGGGGGCCAAACAAGGGUUGAAUGCCAAGUAUGUAGCGGACGGAUUGGGAGCAGGGAUAUUGGUCGACCCGCAACCACAAGGGAGACGGAGGGUUGGGACAGAGGGAAUCAACACCAUUGAGCAUGAUGUGAUUUGUCACAAGGUUAAGGAGUUGAUGAGUAGAGAAAGGGAGGAAAGCCCGAGAGAGGGCACAAGAAUUGGGGAUUAUGGCAAGGCAAGCUAUGGAGAAAGGUGGAUCAUCCCACAAGAAGCUGGACAAAUUGAUCGAAGCGCCUAA